AUGGCCAGUCUGCUGGAGCGGACGGAGAUCGGCGCGCUUGUAUCGGAAAAGAGGGAGAUUAUAUCGGUGCCCGACACCGCCACUGUACUGGACGCUCUCGAGCUGAUGAACGCGAACGGCAUAGUGGCGCUGCCAGUGGCGGCACCGCCGGGGAAGUGGCUGGGGGCGGGCGGGGCGAACAUCGUGGACGGGGAGAAGCAGUACAUUGUGAGCUUAUGGCAUCUGGUAGACGACAUGGAGCCGAUAAGCAAGGUCACUCACAGGCUGCUCGUGCGCUGCCCCACUCUCUCCCCUUUGCCCACUCUCUUCCUCUCGCCCACUCUCUUCCUCUCGCCCACUCUCUUCCUCUCGCCCACUCUCUUCCUCUCGCCCACUCUCUUCCUCUCGCCCACUCUCUUCCUCUCGCCCACUCUCUUCCUCUCGCCCACUCUCUUCCUCUCGCCCACUCUCUUCCUCUCGCCCACUCUUUCCCGCUUCGUCCCACUCUUCCUCCCCCCUCCUCCUCUUCCCUCCCCUCUCAGUCUGGUAGACGCCAUGGAGCCGCUAAGCAAGGGCAUUCACCGCCUGCUCGUGCGCUGCCCCAUCGCCCCUGCUGCUGCCCCCCUUCCCUCCGCUGCCGUUCCUACUGCCAUGACCUUCGGCCACGCCACCCCUGGGGCAGCAGAGACAGAGGAAACACCGGCAGAAGGAGCAGGAGGGGAAGCAGGAAAAGCGGAAGCAGCAGAUGCUGCUAGGCCGGCAACAGGAGCAGAAUCAGAAUCUUCAUCAGCACCCGCGGCUCUCAAGCACUCUUACCAUUUCGUCUCUCAGACUGACGUGGCUGCCUUCCUGUUGCUCCACGUGGACGCCCUGGGUGACGUGGCACAGCGCACUGUGGAGCAGCUAGGCCUCGCGGACCCGCUCUUCCCGCCCCUCGCUAUAGUGUCGGGCAUUACAGUCACUGCCGCGCUCAGGCUCAUGCAGCGCGCGGGUGGCGUGAGAGCGGUGGCGGUGGUGGCGGGGAGUGCGGAGGAGGAGGAGCGGAUGGAGGAGGGCGAGGGUUCGGGAGCUGCUGCUGGUGCUGCAGGUGCUGGUGGUGCUGAUGUGACAGGAGGUGGAGGGGGAGGAGGGGGAGGUGGGGGAGGGAGGGGGAGGUGGGGGAGGAGGGGGAGGUGGGGGAGGGAGAGGGGUGAGGCGGGGUGGGUGAGGGGGGGGGCGGCUGCUGGGGACUCUGUCAGUGUCGGAUUUGCUUUGCGGGGCAUGGACGCCGAAACACUACCACAGCUGACAUCCAUGAAGGUGCGGGACUUUCUCGCGCACAUGGCAUCACCCUCCCCCGGGGGUCGCCGGCCAUCCAUCACGUGCCGCAUGGCUGCCCCACUGGCGGAGGUGAUGGCGCUGGCAGCCACCAACCGCGUGCACCGCGUGUGGGUGACGGGCGAGGAGGACGAGCUGCUAGGGGUGGUCUCCCUCACGGAUGUCAUUGCUGCUUGCAGACGGGCGGGUGGGCAGCGGUAG